GUAAAAUACACCGUUGCUCUUCCCUAAAAUAAAAUAGCAAAGACUGAGAGAGGGAACAAUCAAAGCCUAAAAGAAAUUUUCUUUCAAGCAAGCGAUUCGGUAAUCUGACAUUGUUGAAUAAGCGAAUUGACAAUUUGAAAAAUGGGUAAUUCUUCGGAAUUUUCAUAUUCUCAUAUAAAAAAUUGUGGAUAUCAUGACAAGUCGAGCAAUCUUCAAUUCCUACAUGAAUAUAUAUACGUGUAUUUAUCUUAUACACAUGUAAAAUCAAUUGUGUGGCUACUAGUGUAUGUAUGUGUAGGAAUAAAGUCGGUCGUCAUGGUUACCGCUUGUAAAUGUAAGCAGCGGCCAUACACUUGUCAAAUGUACCGUAAAGUCUGACUUAAGUGCCUUAAGUUACCAGGGGCAUUCACCUGACGCAUGUUUCAACGCUGCGUAAAGAAUAAAGAUGGAUUGGGCUAACGAUCUUGAGAUCACUUCGAAAAAGCUACUACCUCGCCUAGGUAGACGUGCAGGUCAGAAUAAUUUGCUGGAAGAUAAUAAAUCCGAUGAUGAUCCUCUGGAGAGUCCUAUUUCCUUAUCGUCCGGAAAGUCUAUAUCUAUGCAAAGACCAAUAGUUCCACCUCGGUCGAGAAAAACCGGCUGGGGCGACGAAUUGAAAAGUGGCAAAUCAAAGGCGACAUCAAACAUUAUUGAACAGGAACGUUUUCGAGUGAUUGAAAAGGAGGAGCAAGAAGAUGAUAUUCCAGUUAUACCAGAUUUGGAUGAAAUUCAGGAAGAUAACAUCUCAUCUGACAUUGCAAGUGCUCCCACAGUCAACGCAAAUAGAGUGACUGCGUACGAGGAAUUGGACACUGAUUUGGUAAAAAAUGCUGCAUAUACAUCGUUGGACGGCGUCAGCCUUUCUCUCCUUGCAGACAAAUUGUACAAUGAGAAUUUAGUGAAGGAACCGGAUGAAGUUUGGAAUUGGAAUCUCCUCUUCACGCAAAUUUCUUCAGAGAUUAAUAGCGAGACGCAGAAAAAGAUCGAAGCUUGACGAAGCAUUUUGUAUUUUAAAAUAAAAAUGAAAACU